UUUACAUCAACAAAAACCAACACAUACACAUACACAUGGGAGGGAUGUUGAGGUUGGGAAUGUUGUUUAUGGUGGUAAUGAUAGUGGGUGUUUCAAUGGUAUAUGGUGAGAUGAGUCCGAGCCAGUGUAAGCAGGAGAGGCGGCUCCUCGAAAACGCAUGCAAACCAGUUAUUUUUGGGCAGGAUCCCUCCCCUAAUUGCUGCCAGCGAGUUAGGGACACCCAUGUUGAGUGUGUGUGCCCCCAAGUUACCCCUAAGCUGGCCGCCCUCCUGGGAUCAGUCCAACAUAUCGUUAACAAAAUUGAAGGUUGUGGAAGGCAUGUUCCUCACAACUUCAAGUGUGGCAGUAUCACCACUCCGUGAGAACGGGGGAGUAGUACCGCGCGACUAUAUAAUAUACUUUUAUUGAAUGAAUGUUUUGUGUUAAGUGAUCAUGUUUUGAGUUAUGUACCAAAUGUAUGAGUGCGU